UCUCAGCAGCGGCGGUUAAUUGGAUUCGGGACGGAGGGGGGGCACGGCAGCCUACCGCUGGGGCCAAUCGAAGACCUAGAAAGCCCUAUAUGCAAAUACAUGAGGGCUGGGCGUACCCCAAAUUAGGAGGAGCGAGGGUCGGCUGACGGGUUGUCCGGCAGCCAAUGGGAGCGUGUCUCCUUAAUCUUUUGAGGAGGGGGCCCGCAGGUGUGGUUGCGAGCGGUACGGGCCGCCGAGCGGGGGCAAGACCCGGGCAUAGGAAUCGCGGCAGGCAAACAGCAGUAGCCAUGACUUGUUCUCACCACUUGGGCAAGGACUCAAAAAAGAGCAAAGACAACUCGCAGCUCCGGAGGCCAGAUUCAGGGGUGAGCAGGGAUUUCCCCAGAGCCGCCUCCCAGGCUGGGGAGAUGCCCCAGUGCCUGCCUUUGGAAGGUGAGGAAGGGGCCGACUCAGAAGAGCGGGAGGACAGUUCCCAAGAAGAUCCGAAAGAGAUCAUCACCCUGGCUUUCGUGAGCGAGAACACUGGGGUGCAAGGGGGGCUUCAGGAUGCCCAGCAGCAAGGCAAGAAGAAGAGGAAGAAAAAGAGAUGAUUGGUGAUCAAUCUCUCCACCUGCCGAUAUGAGAGCGUGCGUAGGGCCGCCCAGCGGUAUGGCCUUCAAGAGGGAGGGGAAACCAAUGACUGGACUCUCUACUGGACGGACUACUCGGUGUCGCUGGAGAGGGUGAUGGAAAUGAAAAGUUACCAGAAAAUCAAUCACUUCCCUGGGAUGAGUGAAAUCUGCCGCAAGGACUUGCUGGCCAGGAAUAUGAGCCGCAUGUUAAAGAUGUUCCCUAAGGAUUUCCACUUUUUCCCUAGGACCUGGUGUCUUCCUGCCGACUGGGGAGAUUUGCAGAACUACAGCAGGUCAAGAAAAAAUAAGACAUACAUUUGUAAGCCGGAUUCGGGCUGCCAAGGGAGAGGUAUAUUCAUCACCCGGACAGUGAAAGAUAUCAAGCCAGGCGAGGAUAUGAUCUGUCAACUCUAUAUUUCAAAGCCCUUUAUCAUUGAUGGGUUCAAGUUCGACCUUCGGAUUUACGUGCUGAUAACCUCCUGUGACCCUCUCAGGAUUUUUGUGUACAAUGAAGGACUAGCACGCUUCGCCACCACCUCGUACUCCCACCCCAGCACAGACAACCUGGAUGAUAUCUGCAUGCACCUGACUAAUUAUUCCAUUAAUAAGCACAGUUCCAAUUUCAUUCGAGAUGCCCAUGCCGGAAGCAAGAGAAAGCUCUCCACCUUCAGUGUGUACAUGGAGAACCAUGGCUACAACAUGGAGCAGAUCUGGAGAGAUAUCGAGGAUGUCAUCAUCAAGACGAUCAUCUCUGCCCACCCCAUCAUCAAGCAUAACUACCACACCUGCUUCCCCAACCACACACUGAACAGCGCCUGCUUUGAAAUCCUGGGCUUUGACAUUUUGUUGGACCACAAACUCAAGCCCUGGCUGCUGGAGGUCAACCACUCUCCGAGCUUCUCCACCGACUCCUGGCUAGAUAAAGAGGUGAAAGACAGUCUGCUAUAUGACACCUUGGUCCUGAUCAACCUAGGAAGCUGUGACAAAAAGAAAGUCUUGGAGGAGGAGAGACAACGGGGGCGAUUCCGGCAACAAUGUCGUUCUCGGGAGACCAGGAUGGAGGAAGUCAAGGGUUUCCAGGCCGUGCGGUUGGAGAAAACUGAGAAGUACGAGAAGGAGAACCGUGGGGGGUUCCGCCUGAUUUAUCCUACUCUGAAUUCUGAGAAGCAUGAGAAGUUUUUCCAGGACAACAACUCCCUCUUCCAGAAUACUGUUGCCUCCAGGGCUCGGGAGGUGUAUGCCCGGCAGCUGAUCCAGGACCUGAGGCUGAAACAGGAGAAAAAGUCCUUGCCAACAAAGGAGAAGAAGGUCGAGAUGCAGGGGGAGUCGGCAGGCGAGCAAGCGAGGGGCAAAAGCAUGAAGAACUGCCGACAGAAACCACAGCAGAAAUACCAGGCCGCCGCCCUCGCCUCCAAACAACAUCUCCAGCCAAUGGCGUUAGUGUCCCGCACGCCUGACUUACUCUUGGGUGUCAGAGAUGCAAAGACAAAUGAGACAGACAGCAGCCUCGACCAGGAGACCCCCACGAAAGAGGCCAGCCCUCCUCCCUGCAAGCCUAUAUCCACAAGGCGGUACACUUCCGUACCUGACCUGAGGCACUCGAGCCUUCUCAGCUGCCCCAGGCUGGAGCUCAGUCAACCCAUCUCCAGAAUCAAGGAGGUCAAGUCUGCCUCUGCAGUGAACAUAUUCACUAGCACUGGGCCCUUAACCUCCAUAGAAACCUGCCCCGAUCCUGCCACUCAGCUCUCUGACUCCGCAGAGUCUGUGCCGAGCGGGACCAGGAUGACCAGCUCUGAAGGCAGUAGCCCCGAGGUCGAUCAGGUGGUCUUGAAAUACAAGCAGCACCACCUGCCCCAGGACCUCCUCCAGGGGCAAAUACCAAAAAUGUCUCUUCCAACGAAACCCCAGAGCCUCUUAGGAAGUCCGAAGCCGAGCUGGAUGGCGCUGAAGAAGGACACGAGGAAGCAGCCUCUGAUGUCCGAGCUGUUCACCAAGGUUCCACUGAGGGAGAAGCUCUCCCUGUUCCCGGCUUUCGGCAACCCAAAGUUGGCGCCGAAUCACAAGUCAGAAAACCGCAGCCUGCCCUGGGAGUGCUACGUCAGCAGCCGAAGCUCUGGCGAGAAGAGGCCGCUGGGUCUGUCCUCCGUCCUGCUCUGGCACAGUCCUCCCAGCCACGAGGUGUGUCUCAAAGAUCUGCUGGUGGUGGCCACGCCAGCCCGACUGGAUCCGAGGCCGGGCAGGAGCCACAGCAGCACCGUGAGGGACCUGUGUCAGGAAGCCUAUGGCCGCGGCCUGAUCUCUGGCCAGAAAGCAUGUGAGAGGGUCUAGGUAGGUCCUCCCACAUGGCCUUCACGUGCUGGUUUCACUCACUGGCAGGGGCCGCAUGUAUGUAUUUCUGGAACAUUGGGCAGGUAGGUGGAUGACUGGAUUGAUAAAAGACUUCCAGGAAAGUAAACAAUGAAGACCGACCUCGGUCACAAUGUGCCACCCCGCCCCCAUGCAAUGUGUGAUUCUGCAAUGACCACUCUGUCCCCACUGCUUUGGAGGUUACUUUGCUGGUCUUCCACUUAUGGCUAAAACUGAGAAUCAUUAACACGGGUCCCAGAAGUAGAACCAUGUCAACUAGGAGGGGUUGAUUUCCACACCUUUCAUUCUGCGCCAGCCUGGCCUCGGCCCAGGCCACUUGCCCCCGAAGCUGGCCCUGUCAUGACAUGCACUGAAGGGACAGAGCAACAGGACAGUGGGGCCUGAGAAGAUCUGAAAACAAAGA